AUGCCCUUUGGCAAGCCUCUGGCGCCUGUGUCGGCCUCGGAGCUGGGGUUCUCGGGCGCGCGCCUGGAUGUGCUGAACUUUGAUGAGACCCAGCACAAGCUGCUGUGCGAGGAGCUGAAGCACCUGUACACAGCGGUGACGCGCGCCAAGAACGCUGUGGUGUUCUUCGACUCAAGCCCCCAGGCCCAUGCCCCAUUCUAUUACUACCUGGCCCGACUGGGUCUGGCCCGAGUGGUCACCGGGCAGCUGAAGCUGGAGGAGGGCAAGGACCUGCACCAGCUGGGGCUGUCCAAGAGCAAGAGCACGCCCGCAGACUGGAUCAGGCGUGCCCAGACCAUGGUGCGUACGGCAAACUUUGAUGCCGCGGCCACCUGCUUCCGCAAGGCGGGCAACAGCAGCCGCGCGCAGGCGUGCCAGGCGCAGGCCAAGCUGCAGGCGGCGGCCGAGCUGGACGAGGACCAGGAGGAGGCAAAGGCGCAGGCGCUGCGCUUCGAGGCCGGCUACACUCUGCUGGGCACUGCCGUGAAUGCGCCGCCGCACGAGGCAGACGCCGCCGAGCGGCGCGACUGGCUGCUGCUGGCGGCGGCGGCGCUCAAGGCGGCGGGGCAGGAGGCGGCGGCGCAGCAGAUCAGCGCGGCGCUGGGCAAUGUGGCGGGGCGGGCUGCCCAGGCGGCGGUGGCAGGACCUGGUGGCUUGCGUGGCGGCCCCGUCCGCAGCAUGACCUGA